UUCUCAAAAUGUGUGCAGAUUUUUGCAGACUUUUGCCUGCGCGCGCGAAAUUUUUUCGUAUCACGAGCAGAUGUUUUCGGUUUUUCGAGCAGUUACAGAUAUUUUUCAAAAACAUCUGGCAUCUCUUUUAAAGAAUAGGCGCAAUUCUGGUAAUUCAUUUAUAGUAAACAAUAAAAACAACAUUUUGUGCUAGUGGAACAAUUCGCAAUAAAAUAAUGGAAGCAAUCGUGAAUCGCUCAAUCACUUUCGAAUCAGAAGAAAUAGAUUUUGGUACCGAAGAACUGAGUGAACAAGAUGAAAUUUUACUGAACAACGAAGGUUCCACAGUAGUAUCAGAUAAAAAUAUAAGCUCAAAUGACGGUAACAAUGAAGCAUCUCAUGGUGACGGCUUGACACCUGCUCAAAAAGAAAGUUCAGAUGAACCUACCAGAAAUAAUGUGCAUGAACACAAAGAGCCGCGUUUAGUUAAUUUUCCACUUAGCAAGGUAAAACAGAUAAUGAAGUUCGAUCCGGAGGUGCACAUAAUUUCGGCUGAAGCUGUUUUUUUAACUACCAGAGCGGCUGAGUUUUUCGUUCAAACUUUGAUUAAAGAAGCAUACUCACAUGCCACAGCCGCUAAAAAGAAAACUAUAAACAAGCGAGAUGUAGAAUCAACUAUAGAAUCAGUUGAUACUCUAAUGUUUCUCGAAGGAAUGAUGAAUACAUAACAUAAUAUGUUCAAUGUUUUGUUGGCAAAUUAUUUCACCCCUGAACAUAAGUAUACCUACCGUAACAUAAUUAAAAAUAUGAUUAAAGUUGCCAACAUGGUGUAUGAUUGCAAAAAAUGAACUAAGACCUGUCGUUACAAUAACGUCAAUUUCCAAUUAAAAUGUUUCGUUCAAAGGUAUAUAAGGUAGGUA